AGCCAUGUUUGAAGUUAAUAUGAAAGAACGAGAUGAUGGCAAUGUUACUAUUAGUAAUCUAUCACCCAAGGCAGUGAAAGCUUUUCUUGAUUACGCUUACACGGGAAAAACAGAGAUAACAAAUGAUAACGUGGAAAUGCUCUUCCAGCUGUCAUCAUUUCUUCAAGUUUCACUCCUUUCCAAAGCUUGCAGUGACUUUCUAAUAAAAAGUAUCGAUCUUGUCAAUUGCUUACAGUUGCUUUCUCUGUCAGAAAGUUAUGGUUCUGUCCGCUUAUUUGAUCAUGCGCUCGAUUUUGUACAGCAUCACUUUUCCCUGCUACUGCGAUCAAGUGACUUUUUGGAGAUGAAUUUUGAGAUAUUACAAAAAUGUCUUGAAGCUGAUGAACUAAAUGUCCCUGAGGAAGAAUCAGUGUUGAAUGCUGUUCUUCAAUGGACCAAACAUAACAUAGAAACACGACAGAAAUAUCUGCCUAAUUUGAUCAAAAAAGUGAGGCUACACCAGUUACCUGAAAAGACUUUGCAAGACUUUCUGCAUUCAGAAGAAUAUUUACUUAAAAGUGCUAAUUGUUCAGUAAUAAUCAAUGAUGCAGUCAAAAGUGUGCAAGACUUCAGCGGACUAUUUCCAGAUGCACGUCCUUCAACAACAGAAAAAUACAUAUUUGUUCAUAAAACUGAUGAAGACGGAGAAAACAGGCAUACAUUUUGCUACAACAUCAAAACAGAUAAAUGGAAAGAACUACCACAUACACACAUGAUUGAUCUUCCAGGGUCAAGCUUAUCUAGCUACGGAGAGAAAAUAUUUAUAACUGGAGGAUGCAACGGGAAUUGUUACAGGACAGUCAGGCUUCAUAUUGCUGAACCGUUUCAUGAUGCCACUGACCAAACCUGGUGCUACUGUCCAGUCCGCAAUGAAUUCUCCAUAGUGUCAGCUAUGAGAAAACCAAGGACAAUGCACACAUCUGUUGUCACCUUAAACCAGUUGUUUGUAAUAGGUGGAAAGACCAGAGGAGCUCAAGAAACCCGGAGUCUUUUGGAUGUAGAAUCAUAUAAUCCUCUCUCCAAAGACUGGAAAUCUGUAAGCCAAUUACCAAGAGGUAUCUACUAUCCAGAAGCAAGUGCAUGUCAGAAUAUAAUUUAUGUCCUUGGCUCUGAAGUGGAGAUUACUGAUGCCUUUAAUCCGUCUCUUGACUGUUUCUUUAAGUAUAAUGCUAUGACUGAUCAGUGGUCGGAGCUUGUAGCAGAAUUUGGGCAGUUUUUCCAUGCAACUCUAAUCAAAGCUGUUCCAGUGAACUGCACGUUGUACAUAUGUGAUCUCUCCACCUACAAAGUCUACAGCUUUUGCCCAGAAACCUGUGUUUGGAAAGGGGAAGGAUCUUUUGAAUGUGCUGGCUUUAAUGCAGGGGCAGUUGGAACAGAAGACAAAAUUUAUAUCUUAGGCGGUGAUUAUGCUCCAGAAGAAAUCACAGAUGAAGUUCAAGUCUACCACAGUAAUAGGUCCGAGUGGGAAGAAGUUUCCCCAAUGCCAAGAGCCUUAACUGAAUUUUACUGUCAGGUCAUUCAGUUUAAUAAAUAUAGGGACCCAUGGUCAUCUGUAAUGACAAUUUGCUCUGGAGAAUUUUGAAAUUCUU